GGAAACUUAUAUAUAAUUUUUCAUUUCAUUCUCAUCUCAUUCCAUUCCAUCCAAAUGAACAAAGCCUUAUAGAUUGUCCAUUGAAACGAAUAGAGAACACAGAGUCUCAACUACUUUGUGCAACUAGAAGUGACGUACAACUAGAAGUGGCCGGAAAUUAAAACUGGGGUUGGUAAGCUGUAACACCAAUUAUCAGUUUAACACUUUAACCACACAUUUACAAUCACGCAUCUAAUCAAUGCUUGUCGUCCGAGGAUUGUUUCUGUUCUUCAUUUUCAUAAGCAGGCCUAUAUAGCUGCAAGCUGCUACAAUAUGUACUUGAAUCUACUAAUCAUAAUUGUGAGGAUAUAAGGGCGAAUGUCAUUCCAUACAAACAAGCAGAAAAUUUAAAAAGGCAAUGAGCAACUCAGAAAAGGUCUCUGGCCAUUUAGAGCCAUGGUCUAGUCUAAAAGGAAAGGUGGUGCUCAUAACUGGUGCAUCAUCAGGUUUCGGAUGGGAAUUCAGCAUUGACCUUGCUAAGGCUGGCUGCAAGGUGAUCACAGCAGCUCGACGCCUGGAUCGACUCAAAUCUCUAUGCCAACUCAUAAACAGCUUUCAAUCCAGCUCCUGUGAUACUCCUCUUGCAGUGCCUCUCCAGCUUGAUAUCACAGCUGACCCUUCAGUCAUCGAGGCAGCUAUUCAACAAGCCUGGAGAGCCUUUGGCUACAUUGAUAUUUUGAUUAACAAUGCUGGAGUUAGGGGAACGACAAGUCCAGCACUAAAUCUAAGCAACGAGGAAUGGGAUAGAGUGUUCAAAAUAAACUUAGAUGGAGCCUGGUUAUGUUCAAAAUACAUAGCCAUAUGCAUGCGAGACGCUGAAAGAGGGGGAUCCAUUAUCAACAUUUCAAGUAUAUCCGGACUAAACAGGGUUAAAGGUACUGGAACUCUUGCUUACAGUUCGUCCAAAGCAGCCAUGCACACCAUGACCACAGUAAUGGCACUCGAAUUUGGGGCACACAAUAUCAGGGUGAACGCAAUAGCACCCACCAUAUUUCGAUCAGAAAUUACAAAGGGACUUUACGAACAGAAAUGGCUCCCUGGUGUUCUCAGUAAAAUCAUGCCACUGCCAUUUUUGUAUGAUGCUUCAACAAACCCGGCAAUAACAGAAUUGAUUCGAUACUUGAUCCAUGACUCAUCAAAAUAUGUUACAGGAAACAUUUUUAUCGUAGAUGCUGGGGGUACUCUUCCUGGACUUCCUAUAUGGUCUUCCCUCUAAUAUUCAGAUCAAGUAUUGGUGUGUUAUUUAUAUCUUGAAAGCCAGUGUCUUCAAAUCAUUACAAGUGUAAUUCCGUAAUCUCUUUCAUUAUAUCAAGCCAUACAAAAUUCGAUUAGCUUGUGUUCAUUUGUGUUUUGUAUGCUACACUGAAGUCAGUGCUCAGACUAUUAUAAAUAGUCUUUCCCUGGUUUGUUACA